GUGAUUAAUGCCACGAAACAGGGAAUUGUUGUAACUCAGGCAUACAAUGUCUGAUCUGCUCCAAACCUCACAUGUUUGAUAAUAGUCUUGGCCUGAAGACAUCUACAUGGCAAUAUUCAGUUACAGUCAAAGUGCCACCUGUUGGCAGCAGGAAGUGUGGCACUUUGAAAUGACUUUGCCACAAUUCUCCUGUAUUUACUCGCUUACAUGCAUGUUGCCCACUGUUCACUGUUUUCCUAAGGCCAACGGGUGGCAGUGAGCUCGGGUGUGAGGGCCCUUUAAUCGCUGCUUGCAGCUUUAAUUACAUCUAUAAUUACACUGUUGAUCCUUUCCCUACCUCUUAACUCACCCUUAAACCUACCCAUACAACCAAACCGGUCCCUAACCUUACCCGUAUCCAACCUCAGUAGAAGAAAAAGUGUUUUCAAUACAACAUGAACACAAUAUGUAUAUAUUGUACUUAUUUUUGAUGUAAGUACAUAGUAGUUAAAGACACCUAAUAUAAAGUGUGAUCAAAUGUUUAAUAAUAUCAAAAGAGGCAUAAGGAAUACAAAAUCAGCCAUAAAGUGAGCAAGAUAACAUGCACAACUAGACUGUACAGUAAUUAUACAGAUUAUCAACAUUUAUUAUAAACUUUGACAUAAUGAUCAAGUUCAAAAAAAAAAAAAAAAAAAAGCCUGGCACUUCUGGCAACUCAUGAACUUUAAAAAAGGAAGUUUACAAAUCUUAGCAACAAAUCAAGAGCAGAAUCAGAAUGUGUUUGGAACAAGAUGAGCCAGAUUAUCUUACUGUUUUUUUUUUCACGGUUCACAGAGUUAUGGUAAUUGUAUAAAUAUUUUAAAAGCAGUUUAACAUAUUUUCUUUCACUUUCUCAGAAGUGUGAUUGAAUGAAACAAUGAAGGAGGCUUUUUCACAUGUUUCUCAGUGGUUAUGAAAAAUAUCUCACAUAUUCUAUUGUGUUGCUCUUUCCCACCCCUGUGUACAAACUGAUGGCAAUACUUUAUAUUGUAUACAUAAUUAUGUUGACAACACUAAAUGCUAGCUGUUUAGGCUUUAUUUGGAUUUGGAUUUAACUUGAAUUAAAUCAUUUAGAGUUUGACAAAUCUGAACUCUUAUAAUAAAACACUUAAAAUGCAUUUAGCAAUUAGUGAUAAAUUCCAUUACCAUCAGCAGUCCACAUACUGUGAGUCUGACUGACUAAAUAAAGCAAACUGGCUUUAUCUUCCAGUCAUAAAUACUGUAUAGCUAAAUAUAACCAAAAUAAGCAUGAUAUAAGUAUAACCAGAGAGCUGACAGAUGUGGUAUAUAUAACUUAAGUGAUCAGUACAAAAUGACCUAUAAAUGCAACUUGCCAACAAUUAUUCUGUUCUUAAAACAAAACAAAUAAAUAAACAAACAAACAUACAAAUAAACAAAAGAAUAAUACAAUUAUUGAAUAGAUAAAAAUUGCCAUUACUGUUUUAAAGUAUGUGAUAAAUUUUAUUUUUUAUUUUGUAUCAGUAGAGAGUUUAAUAUCCAGUCAUAAAUACUGUACAGCUAAGUAUGACCAAAAUAAGCAUGAUAUAAGUAUAACCAGCGGACAGAGAGCCAAUAGAUGUGGUAUAUAAAAGUGAUCAGUACAAAAUGACCUAUAAAUGCAACCUGCCAACAAUAAUUCUGUUCUUAAAAACAAACAAAUAAAUAAAUAAAUACAUAAAUAAAUAAACAUACCAAUAAACAAAGAAAUGAAAAAAAAAAAAAAAAAAAUAGAUGAAUAAAUAAAAAUUGCCAUUAUUGUAUUAAAAGUAUGUGACAAAUGUUAUUUUUAUUUUUAUUUUGUAUCAGUAGAGAGUUUAAUAUAAUGUUUUCCAAAGCGUAAAUGAAAGUGAAGUUGCAGAGAAACACACAGUUGCAUAACACUCUCUCCGGUAACUGUGAUGACUUGAAACAACUUAUUCGACCGGUUGAUUAACAUUAAGAAUUUUUAGUUUUACUUCCUCUCAGCUCUAAUAGCUGAUCUAAUCACAGUGUGACGUAAUCACACAAUUUCACUCUCUUUCUCUUCAGCAUCACUGGCUUAAAUGACUUGCCAGGUUGAUUAAGGAAUUUGCAGCAGGUCAAAAACUUCAUUGUAAAGCCACUAAUUUACUGCGAGCAUUUCAGAAAUGCAAUUUUAAUCAUUCACUUCACUUACGGAAACACUUUACAUACAAUAAAGAAAACCUCACAACAAACAACCACAAAAACUCUUUCCCAUCAGAAAAAUUUCAUAACAAUGACAGAGGAAGUAUGAUGCUUUUCAGAGAAACAGAAAGAAUUCAUAAACACCUUCAGAAGGUGCAGAUGCAGAUUGUCUCCAGCGAUCACAGAUCUCAACAUUCCUCAGCUCUCAGGUCAUUUGAGCUGCUGGGAUGGACCUCCAUCACUUCCCAGAUUUAGCAGCUCCUGUAAAUGAUAUAAAAACAAGAGAGAGCACCUACAGAUACAACAGUGAGACAUCACAAGCUCAUCAACAUCAUGAUCUUCACCAUCACCUGCCUUGCCCUGGUGGCCUCUGCACUAGGUAAGUGUCUUCUUUAGAAAUUUGAUGGGUGAAUAUAUAUUUACAAAAUGCAAAAAACUAAAUAAAGAGCUUCAUUCUUGUGUCAUGAACUUCUGUUCUUUAUCAACAGGUUGUGAAGUGCCGGUGAUUAAGCCACAGACGAUUGGGAGCAGGAUUGUGAACGGACAGAAUGCCAUCUCUGGUUCUUGGCCCUGGCAGGUCUCUCUCCAGCUACCCAACGGAUUCCACUUCUGCGGUGGAUCCCUGAUCAACCAGAAUUGGGUUCUCACUGCUGCUCACUGCCGUGUCGUGGUCGGCUAUCAUCGUGUCAUUCUUGGAGAACAUAAUCGUAGCUCCAAUGUUGAACCCAUCCAGGUCAAACUAGUUUCCAAGGUCAUCACCCAUCCGCUCUACAGCAGCACGACAUUCAACAAUGACAUUGCGUUGCUGAAACUUGCGUCUCCAGUUGUCUUCACUCCCCGUAUCUCUCCUGUAUGUCUGGCUCCAUCAACCAUCAACAUCCUGCCUGGAACCCGCUGCUUCACCACUGGAUGGGGCAGAACUGCCACCACAUCGAGUCCUCUGAUCCUGCAGCAGACAGGUCUGCCCAUCACAAGUCCUGCUGUGUGCAGGCAGAUCUGGGGUCAGAGCAUAAUCACUGAUGCCAUGAUCUGUGCUGGAGCCUCUGGAUCCUCAUCUUGCCAGGGUGAUUCUGGUGGUCCUCUGGUGUGUGAGAGAUCAGGGGUCUGGACUCUGGUGGGGUCUGUGUCCUGGGGCACCAGGACUUGUGACACCAGCUUCCCUGGAGUCUACGCCCGCAUCUCCCAACUGCGCUCCUGGAUCGACAGGACUAUCGCUUCCAACUAGAGUGCCAGUCUGAAUAUUUCUUGAAUAUUUCUAAGUCUGGACUUCUGGUUGCCUGUCUGUGACUUCAUACUGUUUUCCCAUUUCAGAUGUACAAAUAAUGAAAAUGUGUCAAUAAAUGAGAUGAAUAAAAUAGAAUAAAAAACUUUGCAACACUCUUCGUUACAUUUAAUGAAGAGUGUUGCAAAGUGUAAUUAAUGAUCUGAACUUAAAAUGUUAUAGGAAUAUGUUGCCAUGAUCCACAUAAAGUAAUUCAGCAAAAUGACAAAAUAAUAUACUCCUUUACAGUUUUUCUCAGUUGCUUUGGUACAUUUCUCGAAUCAUCCUUAAAAUUUGCAAAACAGUAUGUUCAUUUCUUGAAACAAUUUGUACAAAAUUGCAAAACUGCAAAAGCCUGUAACCUGCUCAAAAUCCUUAGUUCAUCUCUCAAAAACAAGUAUUUAUGUCAAUGAACAUAUCAGUGCCAUCAAAAUGACAAGUCCUUGUGUCAUUGUUCUCGAACAAGAUAGUCAAAAUGCUUAGCCAUGUUCUCAAUAUAACAGUGAUGAAUAUUUCAGAUGUAAACUAUGGCUACAGUUUUUAUGACAUUGAUUGAAACUGCACAAGACUGCACUUUGUAUGGCAUAUAUCAAUUUUAACAGUACAAAUGGACACAUUACUGUAUAUGGGAGAUUGAUUGCAAAAGACUGGACAGGAUUCACAGUUUUGUAUUUACUGUUGGUCUGUCAACAAAUUACUGUAAAAUGUCCUUGUGAUAAAUGAAAAAGACAAGACUAUAUACAUACACUGUAUAUAUGUAUUCAUGUGUAUGUGUGUGAUAUAGCAUGUAUCUGUAUACAGUUCAUUUAGCCUACUAUACUGUAAGUGUAAAGCAUGUGUAAUAUGCUACUGUAAGUGUAAAAAUGCUAUUGUAAUAUUAAGAUUAUAGCAUGCAUACCAUAUUAGAGUGCAGUGCACAUUGCUGAAUACAUACCUGUUAUGUCUAUGAAAUACUUGAAUGAUUGAGGAAAAGGUUUUUCUCCAAACAUUCAGCUGCACCUUUAGACCCACAUAAGCCAUUGUAAGGUCAUGAUUGAGAACAUUGUUUACUAGUGGUCCUUAUUUCACCAGAAACGUGCCUACACCCCCUUUGCUUUACCUACCUCUUCAUCUGUUUUGCCUCCCUACCCUUCUACCACACAUCCUUACUCCUCUUCUUCUUUCCAGCUGUUGACCCUGUUUGUUUCCAUGAUGUUCUUCCAUUAUCAGAAAUUGUAACUCUUGUGUUGUACUCUGUCUAUAUAUGCUUUCCAGUUGAAAAUUCAUGACAUGCAUCUUUGAGCUGUUUUAGAGAACUGUUUGGGUCAUUGGUUGAUCUAAUGCUUUACAUUCCCCUGAAUACAUUAGUGAAAUUCAGGAUUCACCUGCAAAAUUCAUCAAUUCAGGACACAUUUACAAAAGUUUAAUAGAAAUGUAUAGAUAAUAUACUUGUAUAUACACAUUGUGAUUACUAGGUCAACCAUUUUGCAUUUAAUGACUUGUGCAAUGAACUAAUGACUAGAUGUUUUGAAGGGUAAGACUGUUCAACAGAGAACCAUAUAAUACAUUUUGAGCAACAUGAUAUUAGCAAUUGAUAAUGUAGGAAAUAGCAGACAGUUGUACAUAAUCAAUUGCCUGAAUGUACUAAAGCAUUAGCAAUUUGUUCAAAAGAAUGAGAAACUGCUUUUAUGAUGUGCACAAUACAGUAAGAAACAAUGGUAACUUUAGCCACAUUUAACAGUACAUUAGCAACGUGCUAACUAAACACAUUCAGGAAGACAAUUUGCAAACAUCACGAAAUCAAUAUAUAUGAAAUUGGAUCAGUUGGUAUCGAUCCAUCUUUGAGAAUCAACUUCUGUGCAAAUCCUGUGUUUUACUGAACCUCGUGUGU